AACCGAUUCGCGCCGUGGAACCCGUCCCCAACCGCCUGCUCUUUGCGUCGCAUGGAACCGUCGGCCAUGGUGCCGGAGCCAAAGGAGCUCCUUGAUGAGGCUGCAGGACUGGCCGUCAUUACUGGUGGCCGCCUGCUUGGUGCAAGGCAUCGUGGAUCCAGAUGAACAGGAGAAGCGUCUUGCCUGGAAAUAUUUGGACUGCUCCAAUCUUCGCAAUGAAGUUGAUCGGCCAGUGGACUGGCCUCGCUUUCGGCAGCACCUGCUGGAGACGCCGUAUCCCGAGAAUAUGGAUGCGGUCUUUGAGAUCUUGAAUCGGCUCAGUACCAAAAGUGCUAGCAGCUACGACGAGGAGGCACGCAGCUGCUUGAUGGGAGUACCUGCUGCCUUUUUCUACCUCACCCGCUUCACCUUGGACACGAUGGAGCGAGAUGAAGCAGGACGUCCCGCCGACCCCGAGGUGGUGAAGAAGGCAACCCUGCAAUACUCUGUCUUCGAGAAUUACAUCUCUGCACUUCACCCAGGCCUCAUCAAUGCAGGGAAUUGGUCUUUCAAUGAUGAAGAGGUCUUCGUGCUCCGGAAGCGGAUCCUCCGUGCCUAUCGGCAGUUGGAGGCGAAGAAGUCGACCCAUGCCCCAGAGUUCAAGGUCUACGUCUAUGAUGAGGAAGAAGUGCCACAGUUGAAGCCGUUGCUGCGGAGCCAGAUCUACUGCAGCCGAGGCCAGUGGGGUACAGACGUUCAAGUCCACGACUACUUCUUCGCCUCGGAUUUGCAAACGGAUGAUCCAGAUGAGGCUGACUUCUUUUUCGUGCCGGGCUAUGCGAUUUGUGUGCUCGAAGGCAACCUCUAUUCCCUGGAUGAGGUGGAUGAGCUUUACAAGGACCUGGUUACUGCGCUGCCAUAUUUCAACGCAUCAGGGGGCCGAGAUCAUAUCUUUGUCUUUGGGUCUGGCAUGGCGCAGAGUGUGUUCCAAUCGUGGGAGGAAUACAUCCCGCAGUCCAUCGUUCUGACCCCCGAGACGGAGCUCUUCAACGAUUUCGCCUGGGUCGCCAUCCCUCCUUACCGGCCCUUCAAGGACAUCGUGAUUCCAGGGAGCUUGGACUUGAUUGAGGUCAUUGCGGCCUUGGAGAAGUCCAAGCCGCUCCACGAGCGCCGCUUCCUGAGCGCCUUCUUCGGGCGUGCCGAUGUGGCUCGUGGCCCACAUCCCUGGGUCGGCGGAGUGGACGUCCGGAAGGAGCUGCUGGCGCUCCGGGAGCUGCCAGGCACUGAAGACAUGAAGUUCGGGGAUGGCGCCACCCUUGAGGUGAUGCAUGAAGCCUACGGCGAUGCCAAGUUUUGCUUCGUCCCACGAGGCAAGUCUGGGUGGUCCUUACGCUUUUUCGAGGUGAUCUUUGCUGGGUGUAUCCCAGUGAUGAUCUCAGACAAAUGGGAGCUCCCCUUUGAGGAUUUCUUAGACGUCACCCGUUUCGUGAUCAAAUGGCCUUCGACACAGAUUGGUCCUCAGUUGAUUGCUUAUCUUCGUUCUUUGCCAGACAGCACUGUACAGGAGUACAUGGAUGAGGCCAAGAAGAUCCGCUGCUGGUACUUCUACCCUCCCAAGGCUGGGCCUCUCCGGCUCCUCUCCAAAGGAGAUGGUCCUCCCGGCGAAGGGACGAGAGCCAAAAAAGCGACACGUGCAGUGCAGACAGACGUGUGGAGAGCGUCCGGCGGGACAAGCUAUGGCCUUGAGGAUCUUGGGUUUGUUCUGAAGUCCCACUAUGACCCCUUGAUAUGCAGCAGAGUACAUAUCAGGCAAGUUCAACAAAAACUAUAUCAAUCUUCUAGCAGCCCACAAAUACAACCUUGAACAUGAUGAUGAUAGAAAGUACAGAGUCAACAACCAUGAGUCCGUAUCCAUCUACUGAGUCAAAGGUAGAUCCUUCCCUUCUAAGGAUGGUUUGGUGUCCCCUCAUCAAGUUCAUCUCUCAUCAAGUCCCUCAUACCGCAGAAUGGCCGCGGUUCGACCACCGCUCACCGGCCUGC